AGCAGUUCCAACUUCCACGUUCUAAUAGCAAGCAUGAAGUGCAUCGUCGUUGCAGUCAUUUUGGCUAUGGCCGUCGUAUCGGAAGCCGGAGUCUACCCGUGGGGUUGGCCCCAUGCAGCCGCACUUCCGGCAGCUGUUCCAGUCGCCGCCUGGCCCGCCGCUGGAUGGCCAUACGGUGCUGCUCCAUGGGCUGGUGCUGCCUGGCAUGGUGCUGCUCCUUGGCAUGCUGCUGCCCCGAUCAUCGCUGCUCCACACGGUCCAGUCGCAUCGGUUGCCCAUCACGCAGGAGUAGUCCCAGGCGCUACCUCGGUCACUGCCAACCGUGGGUCGGUUCACGUUGCUCCACUACCAGGACAUGCCGUUUCCCAGCAGCAACUGAAUCUCGCCCCAGCCCCAGGAACCAUCUAAGUUGAUCUCUAGUCCGCUGCGAAUAGCAAUGUUAGCGAAAUUUGGCCAACGAACCGUGCGAUGGCGAUGGCGAGAGAUUCUCCCCCCUCCCCCACCCCCAAGGAUGACAAUUGUGCAAUGCAAUGAAACUAUGCUAGGGAAGUGAUAUACUCAUUAGGUAGUAAGGAAGAAUGCAUGUUGAGAGCGAAUGCAAAAAAAUGGAGUUCAUUAAACUGAAUUCCAUUAGAGAUUCGUAUUUACACAGAGCAAGAUUGAAAUAAAAAUGACCCUU